UUUAGGAGGCGGGAUGAACAUAAAUACCGUGCAUUUAUUGGGUAAAAACGGUGUUUGAGAUAUCACGAUUAGUAGUGAACGCCCCCGCUCCAGAAGUUGUGCGAAAGAGUCUCAAUCAUCAGGCGGAAGAGGACAUCUAAUUACGGAUUUUGGAGAGCCACCAGUUAUCACGUUUGACUGAACUGUUCGACAUAUCCGGUACAAGUGCAGAGUUUAAAGUUUGUGGAGGACGUGAAUAAGACAUCUGGCGUCAUUUGCAGCUGUCAGUUGCUGGGGCAGAGCCACCAGAGGGCGAUGUCUGCCAACAGCAACAGUGCCAAUGGCAACAACUGGACAAUCGUAACACCAGAGGCACCUGUUGCUGAGGACGUCGGUCCAGUACCAAAGGACUCCCAGGGCCAUGCAGACUCCAGCAGCCCAGCGCAGCCUCUCUCUGAGGGGCAGACUGAGACGGCCCACUCCCCAUCACCCUCACUGUCAUCCGAGGAGCCGCCAGAGCCGGUUCUCUCACCUGCAGCAGAGCCUGCGCAUGGACAUAGUGGAACCGGCCAGCCUGUUGAGCAAGAACCGGUGAGCGAAGGAUCGUCCCUGGAGGGCCUUGACGACCACUCCCAGGACGGAGACUCCACCCCCAGUGUUGUCCCUCUGAAUUCAGACACAGAGGGCCUUGACUCCACCGCACUCGAUGAGCACAGUGUGCACGAUGGCUACUCAGAGCGCCAAUCCCAUCCCAGUGCUGAGACCGAUCUGUUCUCUGAUUCGUACACACACAUAAGCCCCGCCCCUGUUGCCAUACACACCGUAGAGGAAGAGGAGGAACUUCAACAGGAAGAGGAGGGGCUUGAUCAGGGCAGAACAUGGACUGAGGAAGUAAAACUGUCAGAGAGCCAGCAGGACUCCAUCCCGGUGACGGAGGGAGAGAGCGGGGGAGGCGGCCUGAGGAGAAGGAAGGUGACCCUGCUGGGCAAAGAUGGAGAAGAGGAGGAGGAGGAGGAGGAGGUGGAAGGGGAAGAGUACAGCCCGCCACCAGCCAGGGAGGAGGAGAUGGGCCUGUCUCUGAACAAGUGCAUCCUGGGAGCCGUACUUCUCCUGGGCCUGGGGACCAUCUUCUUCUCUGGUGCGUUCAUGGACCUGGAUGAGGAAGGGGACGAUAUGAAGGAGUUGAAAGAUCGAGAUCUCGCCAAGGAAUGGUUGAAGAGUGAAGGACGUCCAGAUACCUAUGCUGGGGGGAAGCCUCCCGUACUGCUGGACAAAGAAAAUGAACAGAUAACAGUACUACAGGCACAAAUACAGGCCCAGAAAGAAGAGCUGGAGUCGGCCCAGCAGCGGGUGAAGGAGGGGGUCAACGAGAAGGUGAGACGAGAGGAGUUGGAGCAGGAGAACAAGAGGAUGAAAGGGGAGCUGGAGUCGUUGCCCACCCGUCAGAAGGAGAUGGAGCGCGAGCAUGAGAAAAUGAAGAAGGAACAGGAGAAGUCAAAGAGAGAUCUGGAGAACAUGGCGGCCAUUCAGAAGGAGUUGGGCGCUCUUAAGGCCAAAAUGGUAACAGCACCCUCUACUGGCGUACCCACAGAACAGCCAAAAAGCCAUGGCCCUCAGCACAAGGGGGAGAGGAAAGAUGCAAAGAACAAGAAGGAACCUCUAGAGAAAGACAAGGUCGAGAAAGAGCGAAGGAAGGGAGAAAAGGAAUGGAAGGAGGAGAAAGGGUGGAAGAAAGAGAAAGAUGCCAGGAAGGAAGGAGGUGAGAGGAAAGAGUUGAAAGAGAAGAAAGAGUUGAAAGAGAAGAAACACGGAACAAAGGAGAAAAGGGACGUGGAGGAGGGCAAGGAGUGGAGGGAAAGAGGAGAGAGGAAAGGGUUGAGGGAGGAGAAGGACUGGAAGAAAGAGAAAGAUGCCAGGAAGGAAGGAGGAGAGAGGAAAGGGUUGACGGGGCAAAAGGACUGGAAGAAAGAGAAGAACGUUUGGGCGGAGGAGGGCAAGACUGGAAAGAAGGAGAGGAAAGACAAGGAUGAGGGAAAAGAAUGGAAAGAGGACAAGAAGUGGAAGAAGGACAAAAGCAUUGAGGGAGGGAAGAAGGGAGAGAGAAAAGAAUGGAAAGAGUGGGAAAACAAGAGAGGGAAAGAAGGAGGUAAAGAUAGGGAGUGGAAGCACAGGGACGAACAAAGAGCAUGGAAGGAGGAUAAGAAGAGGAAAAGUGAUGAAAUGAGCGAUGGGAAGAAGAAGAAAGAAUGGAAAGACCGAGAGGAAUGGAGUGAAGAAUCCGACUGGAGAAAGGGAAAAGAAGAUGGCAAGAAAAAGAGCAAAGAAAGGAGGGAGACUGGAGAGAAAAGGGGGAAGGAAGAGAAAGAACAUAAGAAGGAAAGAAAGGAAUGGAAAGAGAGGAAGGAGGAGAGGAAACAAUCUGGUGGCAAAGCGAAGGAAUGGUCUCACGAUGAAGAGCAAAAGCAUGUGGAACGGAGGGAGCAUGGGAGAGAUCACAAGGGGAAGGAGCACAGAGACGCCCAUCACAAAGACCAGGACCGAGCGGACUCGCAUGGGAAAGAACAACAGCACAGAGACGCCCAUCACAAAGACCAGGACCGAGCGGACUCGCAUGGGAAAGAACAACAGCACAAAGACGCCAAGAAAGACAAGACCUCAAGUCAUCCUCACCAACAUCACCACCACCACCGUCAUGACAACAGCCAUCUCCACGGCGACUACUGGAGCCAGCAGCGGCAGAAGCUCCAGCACUCCAGUGGCCCUCCGGCCGAGUGCUCCGACGCGGCUGCCUGCGCCCAGGCCCAGGGGCUCAUCCCUGUCUCCCUGGCCGACUUCGAGGCCCUCCUGCUGGCCUACCUGGACCGGCUGGAGGGCACCACCGAGGACCAGACCUCCAGGAGGCAGGAACUGAGCAAGCUGGUGAGGGAGUUCUUCGCCGACGGCAUCUUUGCCCACGACCAGAUGCCUUUCAGUGAGUUCGUGGAGGACGUGUCGGACAUUCUGGAGGACAUGGCAGAGGAGAAGGAGAACCAUGAGAUGGAGGAAGAGAUGGAGGGUUUCGAAAAGGAGGCGCUGAAGAAGUUUGCCGUGCCAAAGGGAGGAGAGAAGGAUGGUGUUGACGGGGGAGAGUUGAAGAAACCAAGUGGCAGAGGAAAGGGUUGAUGUGGCGUUUAGAGAUUUAAGAAAUAAAGUGGAAAGUGUUAGAAAGAGGAUACGGAAAGAUGGGAGAAGUUUCACUGUCAUGUAGAAGUGAGCAUUUGUGCUACUUGCAAUCCUGUGUAAUGUAACAUUUUCUGUUUGAAUAUUAAUCAGAGCUCCCUCAUUUUAAAAACAGUGUCCACGGCUUGUCCUAUCCUGUGCUGCAAACCGUUACACAAAAAAACAAUUUGUACUGCUGGUGCAGAUCCUGCAGGUAUUUAAGUCAUUAUUCAGGUCUACAGAAUAUUUCCCUCGCUGCAUCAUAUUUAGUACAAAGACUUUCUCAACCAGAGAAUAUCACUUGGGGUGAACUGUUAUUGUACUUACUGUCCAUUGAACUCACUGAACUCGCAUCACUGAAAGUAUAAUCAAAUAUGUUUGUUUGCUAGAAUGGCUUUCCUUGUGUAGCUUAUUCCCUGUAGUGUGAUUGUUCCUCUUUUCUCACAGUCAAGCACAACUACACUAGCUGUAAUUUGUCCAUCUUAGAUGAGGUACCAAUACAAGUUAUUUGAAGAUGAGUAGAAGGGGGGUGGGGUGGGUGGGGUAGGGGGUAAGUCCAGUAUGAGACAACCAGUAAAUACUGAAUCUGGCUAGACACGAGGAAUUCUCGAACUGUGCCAGACAGAACGUGUGUAUGAGAAGAAAGCCUCAAAGGCAGGGAUCAGCAUUACUCAUUCUGAAUACCUUUGGUAAAAUCUGAACUAAAGUCCCCUUCACAUCUCAGCAUCUGCCAAUCCUGCUCGUGCGAGGAAACUCUACUCUGGGGGGGGUGCAACACGUUUUAAAUGGUGAAAGACAUACCUUGUCAGUCGUGUGUUGGAGACACCAAAGGGAGGGGGGGUUUUGUUUCACUACUGAGUUUAAGAAACCGCUAAACGUCUGGGAAGAACACAGUCGUUCCAUUGUUAUGAUGAAGCCGAGUUGAUCCAUUGUUAUGAUGAAGCCGAGUUGAUCCAUUGUUAUGAUGAAGCCAAGUCGAUCCAUUGUUAUGAUGAAGCCGAGUCGAUCCAUUGUUAUGAUGAAGCCGAGUCGAUCCUUUGUUAUGAUGAAGUUUAACCUCCUGAUAUAUGAUACUGUUGAUUCAUAUACACAAUGUGAGUGUGUGGCACUUUGUGCAGAGUGCGAUUUAACCUGAAGUCUCACAGAGCACUUAACUUCUAGUGUAGACAGUUACUAAAGAAUUGCACUGUUUAGAAUGAAAAGAUAGUUCACUUAUUUGCGCACCCUAAACAAAGAAUUUGCAUUCACCUGAGGAAGAAGUCAUUUUGUAUUUCUUGUACUGUGGUCUUGUUUAUUCUUUUAUUAUUGUAUACAUUAUAUGCCAUAAUGUGCCAUUGCUUGUUUGAGCGCUCAUUGAACUUUGUCAUAUAAUGUUUUAUAAUAUUGCAAUUUGAAAAAUAUCUAACAGUACAUGGAAGUGAAAAAAAUCCCUUUAGAAACAUUUGACACUGAACAUUCAACAUUAUACUGACUUUCAGGUGUGUCUCUCUGGUCAGAGAUGUACUUAAUGUGGUAGAGAAAGUGUUGAAAUUAAAUGAAACGUUUAACACGUUCAAUAAUUAUUUGUGUGCAUUUUCUGUUUUGGCUUGAAUAUUAGUUUAGGUUGUUUUCUACACUCUCUAGAGUCGGUUGUUUCUAUGUUUCCAAAAUAAUAGAAAUGUGAUGGUAGGUUUAUAUGUGUGCGGAGCAUUGUAAUGUUUUUUUAUGUGUUCAAAGAUGUCGAGUGUAUCUCAUCUAUAAAAAUAUCGAGGAAUAAAAGUUUGUGAAAAAGUU